CGCGACCGUAUUUAUGGAGAAGAGAAAUUCUGACCUAAUUGGCUAGUGUUGGUAAGCGUACAAAGUAUAUCGAUAACACUGGGAAGAAAACAGCUGUUUGCGAUGGCGCAUGUGCAUGAAGAGACCAAUGGCCUUAUAAAUAGGCUACUGUGUCUAAAUCCAACUGAAAAUGCAGAUGAAAUCCAAGAAGUUCUUAAGGGUUUGCGUCUUUUGCUUACCCAAAGCGCAGAAAGCCAAGAAACAUUAGCCAGAAAUGAAGGCUUUACCAAAUUCCUAAAUGCUGUGGCUUUCAACCCACAAAUGCGCACGGAGCAGCGGAUUAUUCACAAUUUGUCACUUCAAGUCUUAGCCAACAGUGUAGUUAAUAAUGAAGUUACCCAAAGUAUCACUUGGACCCAGCAUGGCACAAAAAUAUCGGAACAAGCUUAUGCUUCUCCACUUGGCAGCUCCAAUAAUGUGCUUCUGAUGAUCAUGUACAAUAUAUACCUGAAUGGUCGGGGACUAAUUAGCGACCUAGUAGCGCUCCAGACGUGUCUCCGGCUAUGGCAUAACAUAAACGAGGCCCAAUGCCCAUACAACUUCGAGUAUCUGCAUUUUUUCCUUGAGCACUUUAUCGGUAAGAAUGGUCGCGGUUGCGUGGCUUGCUACCAGAAACUGGAAACAGAAGAUCGUGUGUCCUUUUUGGAUUAUGUUGCUCACUAUCUCAGGGAAAACAGUCCUAACGGUGAGGUAACGCUUUUCUUGCUACAGCACUUUGCCAAGGAAUUUCGUCUUAAGUCAGACUGUCUCCUGCGAGAGACUCUCAAGCUAAAGCACGAGCUGCACCCCCGAGAGGUUCACACUUUGUUGCAAAUCAUCGCCAGUGCCAGUGGUUCCGAAAAGUAUGCCAAUGUUUAUAGCACAGAUCACUCCCUGUUCAUCAACGUGAGCAGCUUGUUGAGAUGUGUGGUCGCCGCGGGAAAAGAACCCGACGGAGGAGGCCUGGACAAACCUAUGACCAAGCUAGAGGAGGUGGCCCUUACCUCGGGUAUCGAUGCUAGCUAUGAGAAGAAGGUUUCAUAUGAACUAAAGACUCUACUUGUUCGCUGCACUGCCAAUCUGCUAUAUGACAACAAGGAAAACAAAGGAUACUGCUUGGAUACUCAGCUAUUGCCAGCUCUUCUGGAGUGCACAGUAAUGGAUGCCAGAAAUCCUUUAAUGCGUGAAUGGAGCAUCCUGGCCAUAAGAAACGCGUGCAUCAACUGCCCGGAGGCGCAACAGGUGAUUGCUGGACUCACAAUGCAGGGUUCAGCGCCAAACGACAUCCUCACUGAGCUAAAUCUGGACAUGGGCGCACUGCGCAUUUCGGACAACCGGCAAUAACUCAUGAAUACGAAUGCAGCUAGACUAGACGAGGAACAACCACUGGCUGGCCAACAAGUGGUUAGCUGUCUUUCGCACCACGUCAUCCGCUGCCGACGCUGCCGCCGUCCAUUCGUUGCCCCUUUUUUCGGGCUGAACGAUCUGCUAAUGGUAUGCCAACAGAUCCAAAGGCAUUCAUAAACGCGUUGUCAACGUUUAAUGGCAUUGCGAGGGAAACACAAACGGGGGGGAAUUUCGUUCAGCUAGCGUGGCUAGUGAGGAUAUAAAAAUAGCUGCCCAUGUACCAUGCUCUGUGUAUCAUUAAAAAAAGAGAUGCCUAAAUUCA